AGUUCAUAUCAAGUCGUAUUUUCCCAGGUUCAUUUACAUUUAACAUUUAUAAACGAAGAAAAUAACAAAAAAGUGAUUAGUCGAAGACAAUCUACAAUAGUGUAAAGAGUAAUUCAUUUCAAAAAGCAUUUCUAACAAUGGAAAUGCAUCAAAUCAAGAAUAUUCUACUUGUGGUCGUCUUGAUAAUUCAAUUGGCCAAAUGUAAUUGUAAUAAUAAUUACAAUAAUGCAUUUCCAUCUAAUCAGCGAUUUAAAAGAGGCUCCACAAUACAUCACUCUACAAUUCGUCACCUGCUACCACUGUUGCCCCACAUGUCAUUUCAUACAAAUAUACACAAUUUGCCGGAAAAUGCUAUAUAUUGUACAAAACAACUAAACUCUGAUACAGAGCGUUAUAAAUUUUUACAAAAAUAUUAUUCAGCCAUACAAGGUAAACCCGAAUAUUAUGUUAAUAAAUUAGAGUGCAUUUAUCCCAGAGAGGUAGAGUUUACGGAAUCGGAAGAUGAAAAACCAUUAAAAGGCAUUGAUAAAUUAAUGAAGGCCCUGAAAACGGAAUCAGAUAACUUCAGAGAAUUUUUAGAUAAAGUCAAUAGGGGUGAACAUCCAGAACCAUAUAAACCCAUGGAUGUGGAAGCUCUGACCGAUGAACUUAUCAGUGAAAAUUUCCCUGAUAGGCCAGAUCGUGUAGAUGCAUUACAAAGAUCUGCUCCAAAUGGCGUAAUUUGUGAACAUAUAAAAUUUAACGAACCAAAUAAAGAGGGCAAGGUUUUGGAAAUCGAAAGACCUAUAUGUUAUGCAGCACAAAGGCCACCAAUACCAACAGCAACGCCACCUACAAUAACAAAAUAUCCAACAGUAACAACUGUUACUAAGAGCGAUGACGCAGAAUUUUUGAACAAGGCAUGUUAUGUUCUUUGUCAUACAGGCCUAAUAUAUCAAAUAUUACCUUGUUGCAGACGAUAGUUUAAUCAUUUAAUAAAAAUUAAAUUUUAAUAUA